AUGCCUCGCUACGCACAGAUUAUUAUGGGUCCAGCUGGCUGCGGCAAGUCGACCUAUUGCUACCACAUGCAGCAACAUUUGGAGUUGGCCGGGCGAACGGCGCAUGUCAUCAACCUUGAUCCCGCGGCAGAAAACUUUGAGUACCCCGUUGCUUGGGAUAUUCGCGAUGUCAUUUCCGUGGAAGAUGUGUCUGAGACACUACAUCUGGGUCCCAAUGGCGGUCUGAUUUACUGCAUGGAGUUUUUACUGCAAAAUCUCGAGGUGCUGGACGAGGCGCUAAACUACGAUGACGAUUACAUCCUGAUCGACUGCCCGGGCCAGAUUGAGCUCUAUACGCAUUUGCCUUUGAUGCGCCAGCUGAUGGAUCAUCUCCAGAGCCUCGACUACAAGCUCGUGGCCGUUUAUCUCCUCGAUUGUCAGUUUAUCGAUGACACGGCCAAAUUUUUCGCUGGUGUUCUCAGCGCCAUGUCUGCCAUGCUGCAGCUGGAGGUACCUCAUCUCAAUCUGUUGAGCAAGAUGGAUUUGCUGGGCGAAGAUCGCCGCCGUGAUCUGGACGACUUUUUGAGCGCUGAUGCAGAUAUGCUCUUGGCAACUGCCAACAUGUAUACAACCGAACGCCAACAGCGCCUGAACAGUGCCAUGGCCAACCUCAUUGACGACUUUAGUCUAGUGCGCUUUCUUCCUUUGGAUAACACGGACGAAGGCAACCUUGAGGCCAUCCUGAUCAACACUGACCACUGUUUGCAGUACGGUGAGGAGGAGGAGCCGCGCGAGCCCGCAGAUCUGGACAACGACCGCAAUGACGAUGACAGUUCGUUCCCCAUGUGAGGGCCUCUUCUGGCCCCGUUUCUCACGGGGAAGAACCUCGCUGCUGCUUUGAGUUUUGCGCUGUGCGCAACUUUGGCCCACCUUUCCUGUACCCUAAGCUUGGACACGAGACACGCAGUCGAGAAUGUUGUUUUG